AUGAGGGACUUCCUUUGGGAUAAGAGCGAUACUGUAAAGUGUUAUCACCCAGUGAAAUGGAAAAAGUUUCGCACCCAGCUUUCUAAAGGGGGUUUGGGCAUCAAAUCUUUGAGAAGUAUGAAUAAAGCUUUGAUUUGUAAAUGGUGGUGGCGUUUCAAUUCUGAAAAACAAGCUCUUUGGAGAAGAGGAAUGGUCUCCAAGUACGGUUCCGCGGGUUUUGAUAGGGAAACUAAAGCUCCAAAACAGGCGCAAGGGUGUGGAGUAUGGAAAAACAUUUACAAGCAUCUUCAGGUCUUCAAAUCAAGUUCCUCCAUCAAGGUAGGAGAAGGAACGUCGGUUCUGUUUUGGGAAGAUCGUUGGGUGGGUGACCAUCCUUUAGCUACCAAGUUCCCCCAUCUAUAUGCCAUUGCUUCUACAAAAAAUUGGACGGUUAACAAAUGUGCUGCAACUGUCAACAGUGGUGGGUCUUGGAACUUAGGCUUAGAUAGAAGACUUUCUUCGAUCCAAAUUGAAGAAGUUUGCGCUCUGAUCUCUCUACUUCAGAACUGUUACAAUGGUACGGGAGAUGAUGUUUUAAGAUGCGAUAUCGACAAAUCUGGAGUUGGUCUUCUUUGGGUUUUACCGGACUGCAUAGACUCGAUAAUUAAAAGUUGGAGAUAUAGAAUAAUCCAUCCCAUCGGAAAGAAGCUUUUGCCUCUUUUACCUGCUGCCAUUUGCUGGACCAUUUGGAAGUCCAGGAAUGCUUUAGUUUUCGAGAACAUUAACUUUAAUGUGACUGAGGUCAUUAAGCAGGUGAAGAUUCAAGCUUACUGCUGGGUUCGCAAUGAUGAAGUUAUGAAGGAUAACUUUCUCUACAAAUGGGCUCACGAGGCUGUAAGUGUCGGAGAAGCUUCAAGUUUUGACAAGUUUAAAGUGAUCGUGUCGUCUUCUAGUGUUGUUGUAUCGAAAGAGGAAUCUUCGAAUUCAAGAAGCACUCAUGAGAAUGAAAGCGAGGAUGGUGCAAAAUACAUAAAUCAGAAGAAAACUUCAACAAAAGAGACGACUCCUAAGAGGGAAGGGAGCAGAUUCUCUUGUAUUCACAAUUGUUUCUGGUUUAUAGGAUGUGUGUAUUCGAUAUGGUGUUUGUUAUUUUUUUUAUAUAAUGCUAAGCUAACAGGUCCAUCACCUGAUCUAUCACCUGGUGUUAGAUUACGUAAAGAAGGGUUAGUUGCUAAACAUCCCGUUGUAUUGGUACCUGGUAUAAUUACUGGUGGUCUUGAAUUAUUGGAAGGGCAUAGUUGUGCUGACGGGUUGUUUAGGGAAAGACUUUGGGGUGGUACAUUUGGUGAAGUCUACAAAAGACCUCUAUGCUGGGUUCAACAUAUGUCACUGAACAAUGAAACUGGUCUGGAUCCUGAUGGUAUACGAGUUAGGCCGGUCCCUGGACUUGUUGCAGCAGAUUAUUUUGCACCAGGAUAUUUUGUAUGGGCAGUCCUGAUUGAAAAUUUGGCGCGCAUUGGUUAUGAAGACAAAAACAUGUACAUGGCUUCAUAUGAUUGGAGAAUAUCAUUUCAGAAUACUGAGGUGCGGGAUCAAACACUUAGCCGAAUUAAAAGUAAUAUAGAGCUCAUGGUGGCGACAAAUGGUGGUAAAAAGGCCGUCGUCAUUCCACACUCGAUGGGUGCUCUGUAUUUUUUACACUUCAUGAAAUGGGUUGAAGCACCAGCUCCCAUGGGUGGUGAUGGUGGAUCGGAUUGCUGUGCGAAGCAUAUUAAGGCAGUGAUGAACAUAGGUGGACCAUUUUUAGGGGUUCCAAAGGAAGUCUCGGGACUUGUCUCUUCUGAAGCUAAAGAUGUUGCCGUUGCGAGGGCCAUUGCACCAGGUGUCUUGGCUAAAGACUUGCUUCGUCUUCCUCUGCAACAUUUAAUGAGGAUGACCCGCACUUGGGAUUCAACGAUGUCCAUAAUACCAAAGGGUGGGGACACUAUAUGGGGUGGUCUUGACUGGUCGCCAGAUGAAGGCUACGACUGCAAUCCAAAAAAAACAAAGAGAAAUAAUUCCGGGGUUGUAGAUCAAAAUGGGACAGUCGCCGAAGUGUGUAUAACUAAAACGGCACAUUACGGGAGGAUGGUAUCAUUUGGGAAAGAUGUAGCAGAAGCUGAUCCGUCUGAGAUCGAACGUACAGAUUUUAGGGACGCUUUAAAAGGUUACAACCUUGCAAAUUCGACUUGUGAUGAUUUAUGGAAGGAGUACCAUGAUAUGCAACUGUGGAGAUGA